AUGGCAACAGAAGAAAAAAAACCAGAAGCAGAAACCACAAAAACACAAUCUACACCUUCCUCAUCAACCAAUCAGAGCAAGCCUGCACCUGUAAAGCCAAAUUACGCAUUAAAGUUCACACUAGCAGGACACACUAAAGCUGUAUCUUUGGUAAAGUUUAGUCCAAAUGGAGAAUGGUUAGCAAGUUCUUCUGCAGAUAAGCUCAUUAAAAUUUGGGGAGCAUAUGAUGGAAAAUUUGAGAAAACAAUAUCUGGGCACAAACUGGGAAUUUCGGAUGUUGCCUGGUCAUCAGAUUCUAAUUUUCUUGUGUCUGCUUCCCAUGAUAAAACUCUUAAGAUAUGGGAUGUUAGUUCUGGAAAGUGUCUAAAAACACUGAAGGGUCACAGUAAUUAUGUCUUUUGCUGCAACUUCAAUCCCCAAUCCAACCUCAUCGUUUCAGGAUCUUUUGAUGAAAGCGUAAGGAUAUGGGAUGUAAAAACAGGAAAGUGCCUCAAGACAUUACCUGCUCAUUCUGACCCUGUUUCAGCUGUUCAUUUUAAUCGUGAUGGAUCCUUGAUAGUAUCAAGUAGUUAUGAUGGUCUCUGUUGAAUCUGGGAUACAGAGCAAGUAGGAUCACAUACAUUUUACGUAAUUCUUAUGGAAAAACUAAAAUUCAUUUUAUAACAUCUACCUUGUUU